AUGGAGGAAUUGCAGAAGCUGGAGGAGUUUGAGCUGCUGCUCACUCUACCUCCUUUGGUGGAUUGUCUGAGGACACUCUCGGCUCUCCUCCUAGGAGGACAACUGGACGAGGAGGCUCCUCGUUUCAAGCUGGGCCUUGUGGAAGAGCUGGAGAGUCCUGAGGCUAUGCUGGAAGAACACAAAUGUAGCUGCCAGCAACUGGCUCCCCGGGCAGCUCCAUCCCAGGAGGAGCCACAGAGGGAGCCUCUCUCCUCUGGGACCAAGAGUGACUACAAGUGUGGGGAGAGCCACCAGGGACUACAGGAGGCCAUGGAGAAGCUGAAGAGCCGCUUUCUGCAGGUCAUGGAGGAGAAGGCGGCCCUGCAGGAGCGAGUGGACACAUUAGAACACUGCUGUCUACUGCUCUCUGAAGAAACCGAGACCAUUGGAGCCUACAUUGCCCUGUACCAGAGGCAGAGUGCGGUACUUAAAGAGCGUUAUAGGGAGAAGGACGAGUUCAUCCAUCAGCUGGUGCAGGACAACGAGAAGUUGAAGGUAGAGCUGCUGGAGCUACAGGGUCAGGUGCUGUGGCUUGUGGACAAACAAAAGGAGCGGCAGGGCAAGUUCCGGUCCACCACUCAGAGCCCUGCAGAGGAGCUUGUUCCAGGUCUGCCCAUGUCGCAGGAGUUCAGCACUGCUGACCAGCUGGGUGCCUGUCGGGACGUCAGCCUCACUGACAACAUUCAGCCUGGACAAGGAAAAGCUGGGAUGGGAUGUACUACUGGGAACACCACCACCCAGCCGAUCACGCAGCUGCCACAGGAGAUCCAGAACCCGCAGGAGCUAGCUGACAUCGAUAGCAAACCCUGCCUCCCCUUCUUCUACCGGGCUGGUGGGAACAACCAGGUCAAGAUCCUGGUUGUCUAAGCCUCAUACCACCAUGCUAAGCCUCACACCAUCAGGCCAAACCUGAUACCACCAGAACAAGCCUCAUGCCACCAGGUUAAGACUCAUACUAGCAGUCCAAGCCUCGAACCAGCAGCCCAAGCCUCAUACCAGCAGGCUAAACUUCAUUUACACUACCAGGUCAAGCCUCACACCAUCAGGCAAAGCCUCACUUCAGCAGUCCAAGCCUCAUACCACCAGGCAAAGCCUCACACCACCAAGCCAAAUCUCACAACAGCCGGCCAAGCCUCACACCACCAGGCAAAGCCUUACACUACCAGGCCAAGCCUCACAACAGCAGGCCAGGCCUCAUUCCACAAGGCCCAGCCUCACAGCAGCAGGCCAAGCCUCACACCAGCAGACCAAAC